GCCAGCCCGCGUGCGCCUCGCCGUGCGCCUUUACGCGCGGUGGCGAAACGUUUCUGGCAUUGCCACGAAUAGAAAGCCGUGUGCGCGCGGAGAUGCGCCUUGCGAGGGAACGCGUGGUGAUGAUUUGUGUCUCAGGUAGGGUCAUCUGCGCUGCUUUCCUAGCGGAGAUGACCCUUUCCUGAGGGUUCGCGUGGUCGCGCCGGCUGCAUGUGGGUCCGUGUCUGGUGCGAGGUAUGUGUGCAGAUACAGAACUACAUCGUCUGCAAACACAAGAGAAGGGCGCUUUCCGUAAGCUGAGUCCGUGCUGCAGCAGACCCUACUUGAUUCCAAGAGAGCGAGCAGGACUGUCAAGACCCUCGGAAGUAGUAUGCAACUCUACAGCAAGCAGAACCCUUUCAGGACGCUCUCGGAGUGGGUGGUGCUCUACGUCCUGCUCUUGGGCCCCCCAUGUUCCGGCAGCUACCCCACCUACAGCAGGCGAGAUCGCCGGACCAAUGAGGUGUUUGUGUGCAAGCAGUGCCCGCCGGGGACGUACGUGGCUGAAGAGUGCACCAAUGAUAAGGACACCGUUUGCCAGCUGUGCCCCGCUCUCCACUACACGCAAUACUGGAACUACCUCAAGAAGUGCCUGUACUGCAACGUCUUCUGCAACAGCCUGGAAGAAGAGGUGCGGCCGUGCAAUGGCACACACAACCGGGCGUGCCAGUGCAAGGCGGGCUACCACUCGGAUUUGGAUUUCUGCAUAAAGCACUCCAGCUGCCCCUUGGGAACUGGAGUUGCUCAGCUUGGCAACCCGCAGGAGGACACUACAUGUAUCCCGUGUCCUCAGGGGACCUUUUCCGACUCUGUUUCCAGCACUGAGGUUUGCCAACCCCACCGGGACUGUUCUAAGCAAGGCCUGGCGGUCAGCGUCCCUGGGAACCAGUUCCAUGACACCUUCUGCACUGCUUGCAAGAUGAGCAAAGCCAACAGCACCAAGGACAAAGCAGAUGAAUUACUAGGAAUCGGGAGUGAUUGUCAAGACGCCAUAAUAGACUUUGUGCCUUACCAAGUCGGGUCGCAGAGACGGCUGGAGAGACUGCUUCACAGAAUCAACGGAAGUGCACCUGCCGCAGGUUGUGAUGAGAAGAGCCCAUUAGUGCUCCAGGUGGAACUCCAUGGCUUCCUCAUCCAGCUCAAGGACACUCUGGGGAAACAGGUCGUGGUGCAGAAGCUCUGGAAAGCCCUGGAUCACAUGAAAUUGCAGAAUAUACAAAAGAAGAUCCAAAAGCAUUUCUUGAGCUCAUGAGAUUGGACGUGGGUUCAAGUUAUAAAAAGGAUAUGCACAAGCGCCUCUGAGAAAAAUAACCAGUACCAUCUUGGUCUGCGACUGGGACUUUAUCUAAGAGGACAUUGUCUUCCCUUGGGCUUUGUUUAUUAAAAAAAAUUCCCCUCUUUGAAAAGAAGCAAAAAUUAAUGGACACAAUUUUUAACGAGUCUGAUUUUCCCUCAAGCAGGGAAAAUGUAUUCCUGCAAUGUAUUCCCUGAUGAAAUUGUGCACCCUGGGGGUCCUGAACUUCCAAGGAAUUGGUUUUUUUAAAAGCAUUUAACUCAGUAUUAGGGUGUUUUUUUAAAAAUGUGCUACUUAUUCUCCCCUGCCACCCAAACAGAACACGCAAAACGAGCAUAAAUAUAUCAAUAAUAACUGAUUUAUCCUUUCCACAGUCCUAUCACUGCAGCCCAUUUGUUCCAGGGGAAGAGAUGGUUUAUGUUGGAUUGGUUACACUUGCAUAUUGUUUUUUUAUAUUUUAAUUUAUCUUGCCAUUCAUAACUCUGGUUUUCUUAGUUGUUAGCGUUUUUAUACUGCCCAACAAAAAAAGAGGUUGGUGACCAGGCAGGAUUAUCAAGAGGCUAAAUCUGUUUGGAAGGCCAGUGCGUGCAUUUAAGUUUCUAAAAUAUAUAAGCCUAAUAUUGCCAGAUAUAUCAACCGCAUGUUCCACAUGAAUGAAACAUGGGGAAGGGAGAAACAAGGAACAGUCUGUGCAGACAAACUUUCACCAGUCAAAAUUAGUUGAAAGUGUUACCCUGGCAUGGAGCCCAGGAAUUGUUCCCACCCGGGGUAAGAGCCCAAAGUGCUGGAAUCUGGUUCUUCAAACAACAGCUGAGAUUCUCAGGAAGUUCAACAUGACCUCGGGAUGAGAGUAGAUCCAACAUAUUCUAAAAUCCAGCAUCAUUUUCCAAAGCUUUAUUCCAUUUGCUGGAAACCAGAGGCGGGGAGAGGGCUCUUGUGUUCGAAUCCUGCGUGUGGAUCUGGGGUGGGCGCACUGUGAGAGUAGAAUGUUGGACUAGAUGGGAAACGGAUCCAGCAGAUCCUCUUCUUAAUAUUCUUAACACCGUAAUUUUAACCUUUUUUAAUAAAAGAAAUCCAUUGUAAUUUCAUUUCAAGUGGUCGAAAAGGCUCUGGAGGCCUGGGUCCAGAUUGACAGCCAGUGUGGCCUAGCGGUUAGAGUGCCAGACUAAGAUCUGGGUUCGAAUCCCCACUCUGCCAUUAAGCUCACUGAGUGACCUUCGACCAGUCCCUGUCUCCCCGCCUAACCUACUUCACAGGGUUGUCGUGAAGAUAAGAAGGGAAGGCGAGAACCAUGUACGCCACCCUGAGCUCCUUGGUAUAUAAAGGUGAUGAAUGCAUGAAUGGAUUGUGGAGGUAAGGACCCCCUUAAAUGGUCCUGGGUUGGUGCUUCCAGGUCCAGCCUGCCCCAGGUAGUGGCUCUUGGAUCUGAAUGCUUGCCGUGUCACACCAAUCUGUUAGCUGUAAGCAAUAAAAAUUGUGGGCAUUUUUAUCCCAUCUCUCA